AUGUCAAGCAAUCCCACUUUCAAGCCAUCGCCGCUGUCCUUUGGUCAGCCAAGGGCAUCGCCCUUCCGGCGACCAUCGACGCCAAACUCCCCACCCUCCGGCCGUCCAGGCACGGCAGGAAGCUCUCCAAGCAGAGGAUAUACGCCGAUGCAAUCACCAAGCAAAUUGAACCAAUCCUAUACCGUUGAAGAAGGGGAGCCGGUCUCCCCCAGGAACGACCCGAUUCCUCAACCCAAGUUCACGCGCGAGCUUCCUCCUUCCCCACCAAGGGCGCACAAGACCCCGACCGAUGUCUCUGCAAAGCUACCGCCCAAUCAGAUGAGAGAAAUUCGAGAGGCUUUCCAGGUUCUCGAUCGGGAUAAUGAUGGUCUGGUCAACAAGGAUGAUGUCGCGGAUGUAUUGAUGAAUAUAGGCCAAGAUUCAUCGCCGUCUACUCUUUCGCGCUUCUUCCCGCCCGGGUCACCGCAGACCAUGAAUUUCCCAACCUUUUUGAACACUUUAUCACAGCUAAUGGCCCCCAUGUCAUCAUCCCAAGAACUCCUCAAUGCGCUCGCUGCCUUUGACGAUGAUGACAACGGUCAAGUCGAUGUGGCAGAACUACGGGAUGCGCUUCUGCAUACCGCCCCAGAUGAUGGAGGUGUGCCGUUGACAGAGCAACAAAUUGAUGAGGUGUUUAGUGGAUUUACAGGACGGCGAGCCUUCGGGGGGGCGGGCGUCGUAGGAGGCGAGAAUGCGAAUAACGGGCGGCGCGAGGCGAGUGUGGCUCCGAACUAG